AUGGAGACAGAUGACGAGGAAGCACAAAAAAUCAUACAACUUUCUAAAGAUUACAUCUCCCAAGGAGAUCACAUCAAGGCCCUGGAGGUCAUCGAAACCUGGACCUCUUCUACUCACAAGAAGAACCACGAGGUCCUAGACUCUCUCCGUUACCAGCAAGGUCAAAUCUUCUACGAACAAGCCAAGAGAAUAGACAAUAGCGACGCGAAAUUCACAUUCUUGCUUGCCUCUGUAGAAUGCUUCUCCGAAAACGAUGCCUUAUCAUCCUUCUGUGUUGCUUCACUCUUUGGUUUGGGCAAUUUUCUUGGAUCAACAUUCUACUUGAAGAAAUCUAUAGCCAAAGCAAAAGAGUAUCUGAGUUUUAUGGCGUCUUUUGAUUCAUUGACUCCUGAUGGUGAGAAAAGUCGAAUUGACGUUGAGAAUGUACUUCAAGCUGCUGAGUCAAGAAUCGCUGCUGGUUCUCCUGUUCAGUUAUGGGAACCGAAAGUUAAAGAAUCCAAGAAAAGUAAAGAUUCUAGUAAGAUUGAGGUUGAAGGAUUGAGAACGUAUUGGUUAGGUUUGAAUGUUGAGGUCAAACGGAAGUUAAUGGAAGUAAAAAUUUCGGAUUUCACAAGCUAUGUGCGGAGAUUCUAUGGCAAAGAGGGAGGAGAUGCUUUGGAGAAAGUUAUCGGUUCUGCAGUGAGUAACAAAAAGUGGAGAUUGUGGAUGUGUAGAUCUUGUUCACAAGAGUUCUUAAUGCUUAAGAAGUUUAAGAUUCAUCUAGAGAAAGAACAUGUUGCAAAGUUUAAGCCGUCUAGGGCAGAGCAUAUGGCUCAGGUGGUAGAUGAAUCGUGGGCUGGUAUGGUAAAAGUUGCAGGACUUUGGGAGCCAGUGGAUACAUCAGCUGCUGCUGAAAUGAUCAAGACUCGGAUUGAAUUUGUUAAAGCGUUUGUGUAUGAGAAUGGAUGGUCCAGAGACUGGCCACAAGCUAGAGAUGAAGAACGCAAAAAGUUACUCAAGGAGAUUCAGUUGCUACUUGUGUUGUUUUGUGAGCGUAAGCUUCUUUCUUGUGGUCUUCGGGAUUGGGUGAUGCGCUUUGUGGUUAAGCAUCUCGCGGCACGGUUUGAAGUUUCCAAGGAUACUCUUACUACAGAGUGUGGCCGCCUAGUGGAAACACCUCAGAGUAUCUGCUUUUUGGAAAGAAGUAAGCUUAAACAGAUUCUAGACCUUCUCAAACGGGUAAAGUGUGAAAGGAAAGAUGGCAGAGAGCUGAUUUGCAGAGCAGUGGACAGUUUCUACAGUGGUGCUCGAGUUAAAGAAAAGAUAGACUUCAACAAGCAGUUUCCAUCAUCUCUGCUUUUGGAUAAGAGACUGCUGCGAUGUGAGAUUGCUCAGUUCGAUGAUGAAGGGACAGUGAGUUUCUUGAACCCUGAUGAUCACUACGCCAAGGCACAUGCCCGUGGAGAUGAUAUAGUGUCUUGGUUAGCGGAUCACUCCUCUGGAGGAGAUGAUGAGAGAUUUCGAUUUCCAAGACCUGUGAGGACACACAAUCUAGAUAUAUGGGUGGCUAUUUUGAGAGCUGUUCAGUUCACUUGCAGGACUUUGGGAACCAAAUAUGCAAAGAAACUGCAGAUUCUAGGUUAUGAUGUAGGUCUUGUUGACGCCAUAAACUUAUGUGUAAGCGAAAAUAAAAAGAGACUUAGAAGAUUUGCAUCUCUUCUAGGCGAUGAAUGUGAAAGGAGGAAGACAAAGGCUAGAGAUUCUCUCAGUACACGACUAUUCUUGUGUUCAGUACGAGAUGCUCUUGAAGAAGCACCGCAUCCUACAUUUGAUUUCUCAGAUCUAGAAGAUUGCCUGAAGCGUAUACAUGUGCAUAGAGAUCUCAGCGAUGAUGUAGUCCUCAAGUCCAUAGACCGUCUGAAAUCAAUAGUCGCUGAUAAGGUUCCGCUGGUCGAUACAAAGAUGUUGCUGGUUGAGAAUUCAAGGAUUAGUUUGUUCAACGACCUCAUUAGACUUUCUGUUUUUGACUACCGCUCUUACAUCCUUCGACCACUUAAACAAUACUUGCUGGUCGGUUUGAAAUUUCAAGCAGAUCUUCUACUCGAAGAGGAAAAGAAACCACAGUCAAAACCACAGCCAAAGAAGAAGAAACAUAAGGUCCUUAAAGCUCUAAUUUUCUCUAUUUGCUUCUCUGAAUUUUCAGUUACUCAAUUCGCGAACAAAACGUGCUCUUUCGUGUCCAGUGAACAUUCUGUCAACCUUGAUCUCCAAGGUACAUCUCCAUCACUAGAAACGACGGAAAAAGAUUCUAUGGAACCACCAGAUAAUAGUGAAAGGGAUCGGUUGGAAAUGUCAUCCAACACAGUGGUUGAAGAGGAAGCUGCUCAAGGUUGUAUUCAAAACAUGUCUGGAGAAAAGUCAGUACUUAGAGAAGGUGCAGCCAGAUGCAGUUCAGCUCUUGACAUGACCCUGAAGGCCCUCUUGCACAUUAAGAUCCUGAAAGAGGAUUUAAUGCAAAAUGAUAAACCAUUUCAUGACGACUUGGAUAAACAAAAUCCUGAGCUACUCCACAGCCAUCUCCUGAGCGAAUUACUUACUUCCAUAGAUGUUCUGUCCAUGUCAAGUGAUACUGCUGAGAUAGUUGUAUCCAUCCUUGAGACUUGGCAUAGCUGUAAAAGUCCAGAAAGAGAGAACUUGGUAACUCGCCUCUUUACACUUGAAGAAUAUGAAAGAAUGAGUUGUAGCAGAUGCAGACAGAAGCCCAAUUUUCCUGAGCAAAGUUCUUAUGGAAUCGUUCUGGCUGCAGAUUCAAUCAGAGACCUGAAGUGUGCUUUUGGGGAUAUAAAGUUUGAGGACAUCCUUAAAAUGAUUCGCAUGGAAGAUAAAAUGUUAUGUGACAUUAAAACAGGAGGCUGUGGAAAGGCAAACUUUGUUCAUCACAUGAUUAGUAGAUGCCCGUCUAUAUUCACAGUUGUGCUGGAAUGGGAGAAGCAUGAAACGGAAAAAGAGAUAUCUGAAACAACAAAGGCUUUGGACUGGGAGAUAGAUAUGAGCAGGCUAUACGAAGGCUUAGAGCCAAACACAAAAUACCGGCUUGUGUCAAUGGUUGGUUGUGGUGAAGACGAAGAACAUAUCUGCCUAGCAUAUGAAAAGGAUAGGUGGGUCGGUGUCAGACAUGGUGCGUCUACUACAGAAGAGGCAGUUGGGAACUGGGAGAGUGUAAUCAGAUUCUAUGGAGAAAGGAAGGUUCGGCCUAAGAUUCUGUUUUAUGAAGCCCCGCUGAUUGAUGGUUUAGCAAAUGUAUCGGAUUGACAUUCCAAUUCAAAAACAGUGUGUUUGUCAUCUCAUUAAAGCAAAUUGAAAUUCAUGUGAAGUAAAGAUAUAAAGAUUUGGUUCAAUCAUUUCAACCAUCACGAUCGGAUAUAACAAUGGGAACUAUACUCAAGCAGUUGAAGAAGUCUACUGCAGAUGACAAUGGAGCGUAUAACUGGAUUAUCUUUG